UUCGCUAUUAUUUGAUUACAAUCGAAAGUAAAUAAACGUGAUUCAUGGAAUUAAUUAGAAAGCUUCUUGCGUAUUACAAUUUAUAUGAUUUCAGAAUAUUAUUUAGCAUUAGGAAUUAAAUUAAGACAAAAAUGGCAAAAAGAGAGAACAUAUUUCAGAUUAAACCACCACCGCCCCCCAACUUGAACAAGGAAUUACUGGGAGUAUGGAAUGCUUGGUGCCGAAUGGGGGACCGCGAAGUUGUUCGCGAGGCUGCUGUUAAAGGCCAUCAUAUCGAAUUUGCCCAGAACUUUCUCGCGGCACGCAAUGAGUUAGAUAAUGACACAAUCCAACAAUGGUUUAAGGACGAAGUAUUCGUAUGGAUCUUGGAAUUAUUAAAGCGGCAACAAAUUUUCAAAGCCUCCCAUUUAUUUACUAACAUUAAUUUGGAUCCAAUCGAAGAAUUUACAAAGAUAUUUCUUGAAACAUGUAAUCCAACGCUUCGCGAUUAUUUAGGAAAUCAUCUGUCCAAAUCGGAAAGACUAUCGUCCACCGAUAUGGACACUUGGAAACUACUACAAAUUGUAAUGGAUAAACAGGAGUUUUUGCUGGAUUUUCCGUAUAAUGUAUCCGAACUGAAUAUUAAUUAUUUUAAUGGUCAAGCGUAUGAUUGGAAAUGCAAAAUUGGUACACAGCUUUUUUUUAAAUCGUUUGAUGAUAAUAUUAAACCGUUUGUGACUGCUAAGCAUGCCUGGGAAUUUCUCUUAAAAGACUGCAAUUUAGAAAUUUUAAAGUUAUGGAUAAAUGUUUAUUUCUCCCAGUCGACCGAGUUUCAUUGCAACGUUGUACCUGCAGAAAAGUAUGAAUGUGUCAGUAGUAUGAUGUUAAGUUUUACCAUAAGUGAAGAGAUGGUCGAUUGUAUGUUCCAAGGAAAUGUUUCUGAGGAGCUUCGAGAUGGUGUGCUCAAUGAGUUGAGUAAAUUUGGACUGUUUAGUUCUGAAGAGAGAAAAUCGAUAACAGCAAUAAUACGACGCCUUAAUCACGCAGAAACUCUUGAUUCUAUUUAUGCAAUUCUAAACUGUGAGCAGUCUACAGUUACUUUGACAAAUUUUCAUUCACUUCUGCUGGAUUACUGUAUUAAAAACGAAUUAUUCUUACUUGUGAAUUGGUGCAAUGUAGACUUAAGACUAGUUUCUAAUGUAAGCUCUAAGUAUUUGGAUUUGUUGUCCUACUUAAAAAACUGCGAUUAUUUUACGAGUGAAACUGGGGUUGGCCAACUUAUCUUGAAAGUAGCUAAUUUUUUAUCCGACGAUUUGGCAGAAUACUUCAAAGAAAAUCCCCUUAUUAUGCUUGGAGUUAUAUUCUUCUUGCUUCCCGAAUUUAAUUUUCUGAACUUACUUUCUUGCAUUGACAGAUAUGGAUUGACACCAUCAAUUGUUGAAAGUUCCCUGCAGAAAUUACCUAUGCUGCAUACAGUCCUCACAAAGUCGCCAGUAAGCGUAGCAAACUUGUAUCAACUACUGAAUAAACACACCACAGUUAGCACUGAUAUUUACAAAUUUCGACUAGAAAACGCCCCUCCCCCUAGCUUUAAUUCCCCAUCCCUUCAGCUGUAUGCCUACAAGAAAAAGACUAAUUACAUUUUCUUUAUAAAAUUAGGCAGACCAAGUUUUGCAAGUAAAUUUUACCUCGCCAAUUCCAACCGGUCCUUAAACAAACUUGGCAUUAACCGAAAAAUACUCAAAGUGUACUUUAACGACAUUACCAACACCGAGCUCGCAGUCAGUUGUAUCGCAUUCUUAGAAAUGAUCGGCGAAAAUUCCUCGAGUUUACGAAUCUACGUGCAAGUGGCAAAGCUGCUGUUAGACUCGAGACAAUUUUCACCGAACCACAUUCAAAAAUUGUUUAUGGGCAUCUUUCAAAAUCCGGAACGUGUGCUCGACGUUUUGGAGAGCAUUUUAAUGCUUAGCUGCUCUUUGAGCGCCAAUUCUUCCAACGCAGAGUUGGCGGAGGAGAUUAAGAAGCACGAAAUUGUCGUUAAGCUCGCCGAGCUGCACAGCUUUAAGCUGCCCGAGCUGUUUUUGAAAUACUGCGCCCGCGGCGAUUUUUGGUUUCCGUUCUUGAUUUUUAUUCAAACUUACAAUUACCCGCUCGCGCAGGUGCAGAAAUUGUUUCAAGAGUUUCGAAGUGUGUUUCUGGCGCAGCAUUUGUACCACGGUUUGUCGAACGAGAUCCAAAUCGACUCUCAGAAGGAGCUGUUGAUGCGUGAUUCGAGAAACUUCUAUUUAUCGCGUAUCGGCGUACGGAAAAAUGUCGAUGCAUCUUCGGAUAGUAUGUAUUCAAGUGCAAGCUCGUAUGGGAGUACAGGAAGUUCUAGUACCAGUUCCGAUCUGUUUGAUGGUGAAACAUUGGAUUUUGAGAGUGAUAUUCUGCACAUUUUGAUAAGGUGUCAUAAUAGUGUAGAUCCUCCAAAGGCACUGCUCCAAACCUGUUUCGUUUACAAAUGUCCAAUAUUUGCGGUAUUAGCUACCAGUUAUGAGCCAGACUCAUUUCUUACGCAUUGGUUAAUGUGGCUAACUGUAUCCUGCGGAUUGGACGGUGAAAUAUCUAACUUCGAGAUGGCUACGAACGACGCAAACAUAGUCAGCGCUCUAUUAACAUCCACCGUUAAAAUGGGCUAUUGUCGAGUGCUGCAUGACAGUUUCCAAAUUUUUUUACCGGAUAACCCUCUUUGCGUAUUUGUCGAGUUUUUAUGCGAUUGUAUCGAUCUCAAUUUUGACGUACCCAACCAAGAGAAGAAAUUAAAUCGGUUUUUUAGCGAAGUGAAGAAGAGAAAAAUUAGUGCGCCCUUUGCGCAAGUUGAUUAUGAAAUGGUGUACUUGUCAAAUAAGAUGUGGAUCGAAACAACCGCACUUAACUUGCUCGCUGCAACUCUACAGUACAAUUUUACAUCUCAAUUCCAUCAGCUGACUUGCAUGAAAUUUCUGCACGAUGUCGGCGUUGGCAAGUACUUUGGCGCGGAUGUGCCGGAUUUUUCAAAAUAUUAUCAGAUACUAAAUUGGAUAAUCGACAGUAGUUACGAUAUAAAACUCGAUUUAUGUUCCACUUUUCAAAGUGAGGAGAUUCACGAAGAAUUGCUAGCGGUAGUGUCCAAGCUUGUAGCUACACGAUCGUACCGUCACGCAUCUCAAAUUGCUCAGCUCCAGAAGAUAUGCACAGAUUUUAUUGUAAUUGACGAAUGGUGCUAUAGGUUUAAAGAGCGUUGUGACAAUAAGCAAUUUUGGGAAGAUUGCAAUGCAGCUUUUCACGACCACCACUUAGACGAAAAUGCGGCUGUAAAAUUUUUCGAGCAGUGUUGCGAAGAUACCAGUAAUAUGGCAGAAAAAUACGUCAUAUUAGAUUUGGCUCAUGACUGGGCCAGUAUGAGAAAUUUAGCUAAUGUGUACGACUUGGAAACGAAGAUGUGGAUCGCGUACUUUCAAAUGGAGGGCAAGGGUGAGUGCAAGGUUCGUAAUUUGCCGAGGAAUUUGAUGUUGUACACGGAAAUGAAACAGAUCUUGUCGGUUCUGGAGAAUGACGGCGUGCCUGAUUUAAACGAAAGUGGCAUUUCUCGCUUAAAUAGUACAAUUGAAACAUUUUUAAAUUUGGGGGACUUUUGGCAAGCAUUUAGGCUUACAAAAAUUUUUAAUUACAAACAUAGUGACGUGGAUAUAAUCGAGCUCUCCUGCAAUUUGGUAGAAGGUUUGAUAAUGCCGUACCAGUUAUCUGCAGAGCAAAGAUUACUGUUGGUAAAACACACCAAUGUCCGGACACUCGGUCAUCGUCGACGAAGGGCGCUCAUGUCUAGUAAAGGAUUGUCGAGCUUCAGUUCAGCGUCCCUUAGUCCUAUGGCUUCGAGUAUAGCAACUAUGGUAGAUCACGUUGAUGUUCCCUUUCACGAUACAUUGGUUAUCUUAGAAACCUUACAAGAACGCCUACAGAGUGGAAACAAAAUCAUUCAAAGUAUCCUUGAAACCUACAGAAUUGCUAUAAACAUCGAAAAAUCAUAUCAAGAAGUAUUUAAAUGUAGUGAUUCUGUUAGUUUGCUCAAGGAAGCUUUGAAAGAGGACUGUCCUAACAAAUUGGAGGUUGUUCAUGAUGUAAUGUCGUUGUUUCGCUGGACUAGUGAUAAGGUGGCCGAUUUUAUAAGUGAGCAACUAAUUGAUGCCAUCACCGAACAUAUAAAGUUAAAUAGCGACACUGUGAUAUUAUGGAAUCUCACUCUUGACACCGAUUUUAGUGUAAUACUCCAACUUUUAAUUGAAAAUUGCUCUGCACUUGGACUCAAACUUUAUUCGUACGCUAGUGCCCUACACAGAUCAGAAUUAAAGCCGCUUGACUACCUAGAGCUUAAUGUAAUAAUUGAGUUAUUGAUUCGAGCCCACGAUUGCUUUACAGCAGAUUGCAACAUGGAAGGAAUCUCGAUUAUCUUACGAAAAUGUCAAACUAUAAUUCUGUUGUCUUUGCAAUUGAAAAAUUGGAAAUGCAUUGUUCGGUUACUGACGGGGGUGGCGAGAUAUACCGAAAUGAAUUACGUCUUUCACAUCCUACGCGAAAAUGACCAGUUUGAAUUUUUACUGCGCAAAGGUAACAAUAAAGACAACAGCCUCAAAGUUGCUCUUUUAAGAUAUUUGAAGAAGUAUUGCCCCGAAGAUCGCGAGCUGUAUCGAAUGGUUGCCUUACACUUCACUUUGUUCUCCGAAAUUGCUCAACUGUGGCAGGAGGAAGCGAGAAGUAUUACGCGAAAUUUGAUCGCAAUAUCGAAAUUGGAAAUGCAAAACAAUGGAAUUAACAUUGAAGCUGUACCUUUCGUACUUUUAACAAAUACAGACGGCACGAAAAUUUGUUUAAACAAAGCCAUGGUGAAUUACACGCACGCUGCCGAAUAUCAUCUACAAGGUGAAAAACUUACAAAAGCCAUGCAAGCGGCGAAAGUGGCCGAACUAUUAGCUUUGCAAAUGUCCAUGCUGAAAGGAUUACCUGCCAACAGUACUGCAAUUUGCAUUCUCAAUAUUGGAGAUGACCAAAUUUUGAACUUGAUUUCCACAGAGCUAAGCUUUGACCAAUCGCUGAUCCUCAUUGACUCAAAUAACUAUAAACCCGACUGGUCAUCAGUGAUAUUUGAGCAAUAUAUUAUGCGAAACAACAUCGCCUACUUGGAUAGUUUUCUGUUGUCAUUUCCCCUUUCCGACGCACUCCUUCAUGAUAUUUCAAGAAAAUUUCUCGCCCUAACUAAACCAAAUGGAUCAGCUAUUAGAAAUAUGAGAGAAAUGAUAAAUCGUUGUUCUUCCGUCCGGGUCAAAUAUCGAAUUGCUAGCGAACUAGGUUUUACUGAUUUAGUAGAAGAAUUACUUUUCAGCAAUCAGUUGGCCUAUUUGAAAGAUACAGUGUGGAAGAAGGGAUAUAGAAGUUGAUGUUUGAUAUAUUUAUUGCAACUGUGAUCUGUUAAAAAUUUACUGUAUGUUGUUUUAUAUUAUUGGGUGUACCUGUAAAAUAUGUUACCAAAAGUUCAUGUGAUUUAAAGUGAUAUUUUUAUAAUUUUAUGUAAUAAAAAAUCAACAUUUUCAGA